AUGCAACGCCAUAACAGCACGUACGUUGUGAAGCGCGAUGGUCGACGCGAAGACGUGCAUUUCGAUAAAAUUACAUCGAGAAUCCAAAAGUUGAGCUAUGGAUUGAACAUGGAUUUCGUCGAUCCGGUGGCGGUUGCGAUCAAGGUGAUCAGCGGGCUCUACAAAGGCGUGACGACCGUUGAGCUCGACAAUCUCGCCGCCGAAACGGCCGCUUCGAUGACGACCCAACAUCCCGAGUACGCUUUGUUGGCCGCGCGAAUCGCCGUCAGCAAUUUGCACAAGAAAACGAACAAGGUGUUCUCGGAGGUGAUGAAGACGUUGUACGAGUUUCAUCAUCCGCACACCGGCAAACACGCGCCGAUGAUUAGCAAGCAGACCUACGACACAAUUAUGCGAAAUGCUGACAAGCUCAACUCGGCAAUCGUCUAUGAUCGCGACUACUCGUACACCUAUUUUGGAUUCAAGACGCUUGAACGCUCAUACCUUCUCAAAAUCGACAAGCAGAUUGUCGAACGCCCGCAGCAGAUGCUGAUGCGCGUCGCCGUCGGCAUUCACGGCGACGACAUCGACGCGGCGAUCGAGACGUACAAUUUGAUGUCGGAACGCUAUAUGACGCACGCGUCGCCGACGUUGUUCAAUUCGGGCACGUGCCGCCCGCAAAUGUCGUCGUGCUUCUUGCUGACGAUGAGCGAGGACUCGAUCGGCGGCAUCUACGACACGCUCAAACAGUGCGCGCUGAUCUCGAAAAACGCCGGCGGCAUCGGUUUGAAUGUGCACAAAAUUCGAGCGACCGGCUCGGUGAUCGCCGGCACCAACGGCACGUCGAACGGACUGAUUCCGAUGCUUCGCGUCUACAACAACACGGCGCGCUACGUCGAUCAGGGUGGAAAUAAGCGGCCCGGAGCGUUCGCCAUUUAUUUGGAGCCGUGGCACGCCGAUGUGUUCGAAUUUGUCGCUCUCCGCAAAAACACGGGACCCGAAGAGGAACGAGCGAGGGAUCUGUUCCUCGCCCUAUGGGUACCAGAUUUGUUCAUGAAGCGAGUGGAACGCGACGAGGAUUGGUCGCUGAUGUGCCCUUGCGAAUGCCCGGGACUCGAUGAAUGCUGGGGCGACGAGUUUGAAGCGCUCUAUGAGAGAUACGAGAAGGAGGGACGUGUUCGGAAGACGGUGAAAGCACGCAAACUCUGGGAGCACGUCGUCUCGAAUCAGAUCGAGACCGGACUUCCUUAUAUCACCUACAAGGACGCGGCGAAUCGCAAAUCGAAUCAGCAGAAUGUUGGAACGAUCAAGUGCUCGAAUUUGUGCACCGAAAUCAUGGAGUACUCGUCGCCCGAUGAGGUCGCCGUGUGCAAUUUGGCGUCGAUCGCGUUGAAUCGCUUCGUGACCGCCGAGAAGAAGUUCGAUUUUGCCAAGUUGGCGGAAGUCACGCGGGCGUUGACGCGCAAUUUGAACAAAAUCAUUGACAUCAACUACUAUCCGGUGCCGGAGGCGAAGCGAUCGAACAUGAGACAUCGGCCGAUUGGAUUGGGUGUGCAGGGAUUGGCCGAUUGCUUCAUGCUCAUGAGGUACCCGUUCACGUCGCCGCAGGCGCGCGAUCUCAACAAGCGCAUCUUCGAGACGAUCUACUAUGCGGCUUUGGAUGAGAGUUGCGAGCUCGCCGCCAAGAAUGGACCGUAUGAGACGUACGAGGGUUCGCCGGUGUCGAAGGGCAUCCUCCAGUACGACAUGUGGGGAGUGACGCCGACGGAUCAAUGCGAUUGGGCGGCGUUGAAGGCGAAAAUCGCGAGGCACGGUGUGCGCAACAGUUUGCUGAUGGCGCCGAUGCCGACGGCGUCGACGGCGCAGAUUCUCGGCAACAACGAGAGCAUCGAGCCGUACACGUCAAACAUCUACUCGAGACGCGUGCUGUCCGGCGACUUUCAGAUUGUCAAUCCGCAUUUGCUCAAAGAUCUCGUCGAGCGCGGACUUUGGGAUGACGAUAUGAAGAAUCAUCUGAUUGCCAACAAUGGAUCGAUUCAGAAUAUUGAGGGCAUCCCGCAAGAGCUCAAAGAACUCUAUCGAACCGUGUGGGAGAUUUCGCAGAAGGACAUCAUCGAGAUGGCCGCCGAUCGCGGCGCAUUCAUCGAUCAAUCGCAAUCGCUCAACAUCCAUAUGGCGAAGCCGAGCUACGCGGCGAUCACAUCGAUGCACUUUUAUGGCUGGAAGAAGGGAUUGAAAACGGGAAUGUAUUAUUUGCGCACGAAGCCGGCUGUAAACGCGGUCCAAUUCACUGUAGACAAGGCGGCGUUGAGGGCGCGACUCGAGGUUCAGACGGCAGCCUCCGCGACGACGACGACUACGACGACGACAGCUGCUCCAGAAUCGCCCGACGAGGGAUGCGUGAUGUGCUCGGGAUAA